CCAGGCGCCCCCGCUCGCCGCAGCGCCCCGCGCCCGCCCCCGGGCUCCCCGCAGCGCCGCCGCUUCCGCCCGCCAGCCGCCAGCGCCGGCGCCAUGGCGGUGAAGGGGGCCGCGGCCGGCGCCGGGGUGCUCCUGGUGACGGCCAACGUCGGGUCCCUCUUUGACGACCCAGAAAAUUUACAGAAGAAUUGGCUUCGGGAAUUUUAUCAGGUUGUCCAUGCACACAAGCCCCACUUCAUGGCUUUGCACUGUCAGGAAUUCGGAGGGAAAAACUACGAAGCUUCGAUGUCUCACGUGGACAAGUUUGUGAAAGAGCUGUUAUCGAGUGAUGCAAUGAAAGACUACAACAGGGCUCGCGUGUACCUGGAUGAGAACUACAAAUCACAGGAGCAUUUUACGGCUCUGGGAAGCUUUUACUUUCUUCAUGAAUCCUUGAAAAACAUCUACCAGUUUGAUUUUAAAGCCAAGAAGUAUAAAAAGGUCACUGGGAAAGAAAUCUACUCAGAUACUUUAGAAAGCACACCCAUGCUGGAGAAAGAGAAGUUCCCACAGGAUUAUUUCCCUGAGUGCAAGUGGUCCAGAAAAGGUUUCAUUCGAACAAGAUGGUGUAUUACUGAUUGUGCCUUUGACUUGGUAAACAUUCAUCUUUUCCAUGAUGCUUCCAAUUUAAUUGCUUGGGAAACAAGCCCAUCGGUUUACUCAGGAAUACGGCAUAAGGCUCUGGGCUAUGUACUUGAUAGAAUUAUAGAUCAGCGGUUUGAGAAAGUCUCCUAUUUUGUCUUUGGAGAUUUCAACUUUAGACUGGAUGCCAAAGCAGUAGUAGAGACACUAUGUGCAAAGGCCACGAUGCAGACCGUGCGGGCAGCUGACACCAAUGAAGUGGUCAAGCUCAUAUUUCGUGAAUCUGAUAAUGACCGAAAGGUUAUGCUACAGUUAGAAAAGAAGCUCUUUGACUAUUUUAAUCAAGAUGUGUUUAGAGAUAACAAUGGCACUGCGCUUUUAGAGUUUGACAGAGAGCUGUCAGUCUUUAAAGACAAAUUGUAUGAACUGGACAUCUCAUUUCCUCCCAGUUACCCCUACAGCGAGGACUCCAGCCAGGGAAAGCAGUACAUGAACACAAGAUGUCCAGCUUGGUGUGACAGGAUCCUGAUGUCCCACUCAGCUAAAGAGCUCAUUCUGAAGUCAGAAAAUGAUGAGAAGAUAGUAAUAUAUGACCACAUUGGGCCAAACGUCUGCAUGGGGGAUCACAAGCCUGUGUUCCUGUCCUUUCGAAUAGCUGCUGGGGCAGGAAAAAGAUGCCUGCGGAACGAGAGGCUGUUCCGCGGCAGCACGCUGUAGCCGGAGGGAAAGGACCGACGCGCCGUCACCGCACACGCCCCGCUGCAGCAAACCGGUGUCGAUCUCCAGCCCCGAGUGCCACACUUCUACCUGCUGGUCCUACACUAUGCUUCAGCAUCUGGACUCUUGUU